CGACCGGAUGCGUAUUGUCCGCCAGACAAGCGGAGGCCAGCCAAUAACGGCGUUUGCGGUGGCCAUUAGACGGGAAGAAAAACAAAAUGCAUUAGCGGCGUGGCACUCAAGGCUCUGCGAGGAGCCUUAUGUGCAUAAACGCAUCGUCGAAGCAAUCCUCCCGGUCUUUAAAGACUGGAUGGACCAAAAAGAUGGAAGACUCACCUAUAGACUGACUCAGGUGAUCACCGGGCAUGGGUGCUUUGGCGAUUACCUGAAUAAGAUAGGACGUGAGGCAACAUCGAACUGCCACCACUGCGGUGGCACUGCUCAGGACUCUGCGGACCACACACUCGCGCAGUGUCCUGCGUGGGAUGGGGAACGUCGAGCCCUAACGGGUCGGAUUGGAAGUAAUCUAUCCCUGCCCGCAGUCGUGAUGGCGAUGCUGGUGGGAGAAUCCAACUGGAAAGCAGUGGCCUCCUUCUGUGAAACUGUCAUGAUUGCGAAGGAGGCCGCAGAGCGGGAUCGGGAGAGGGCCGACCCCGUUCGAAGACGAAGACGCCAAGGCGGUCGUAUCCAUCGCCCUGGUACAUCUGCUUAACAGCUUGCAGAUAGAUUGGAUUGAGAGUGGAGGGUAUUAGCGAGAGCUUUUAUUCCUCCACCGAGACAGUGCUUUCAGCAAAGCACUCGUGGAGUUCUGGCGUGUUCAUUUUGAGGUCCCAGAGCUUCACCAAGGUGCAGAUGGAGACUAACAUGGGGUUUUUAGCCGGUAAAAGUCCGGCAUACCCUGCUUACCAUUAGUAGGUAGGGAU